GACUCGUUCAAUAAAUAUGAUUUCGAUAAGAGCGGCGCGAUCGAUGUAGAUGAGCUUACCAAACUGUUUGAUGAACUCAAUUGGGCGCAUGACGAAAAAUCGGUGAAAAUAGCUCUAGCAUCCAUGGACGCCGACAACAGCGGCACUAUUGAGUUUGACGAGUUUAAGAAAUGGGCCGAGUUCGCCUAUUCCUUCAGGAUCCUCAAGCCUGCCAAUCCGAUUGCCACCGGCUCCCGUCUCAGUCUGGUAAACGAGUACGAUACUGAUGAUGACGGCUCCUUGUCUGAGUGCUCCAUCCCUGACUUCACCGAAUUCAAUUUGAUGGGAGAGUACAGUGACAAAUCACCCGAAGAUGUGCGAUUAAUGGUGCUUAAGAACGCCUUUGAUGCUAUCGAUACGGAUAAAAGCGGUUCGAUAGAAACUGGGGAGCUCGAGGCGUUAUUCAAGGAGAUCAAUUGGAGGUAUGACGCUGCCCAUCUGGAGGGAGCCAUGCGAGCAUUAGAUAGUGACAACUCUGGGUCGAUAGAGUGGGAGGAAUUCAAGAAAUGGAGUGAUUUCGCCUACAAUUACCGCGUGCUGGCGAAGCAAUCCGUGGCCAGCAAAAAUGCUUCAAAUCAGUUUCUUCAUAUGAGUGAAAUAGGAGAGGUCGACUCCGAACUCGAGGAUGAAUGAGACUGGAGAAGGUCGGAAGUGAAAUAUGCUUGCGUGUAGCGGUAUCUUGUGAAUAAUAAUAAUAGUUUAUAAAUAUUGAUAUAAAAUAAAGGAAGCUUAGACAGAAUUAUACUUCCACUAUGGCGGAAUUAAUUCGAGAAUGC